AUGCAAUUACUACUGGGGACUCUGCUACUAGCGGCUAUCGCUGUCGCCAAGCAACCCAACAUCCUUUUUGUCCUGACCGAUGACCAGGGCAAGUAUGUCGGUGGGCUGGAGCACAUGCCCAAGCUACAGUCAACCCUCGUCGAACAAGGAACAAGCUACUCCAAACACUUCUGCUCAAUCGCCCUAUGCUGCCCAUCCCGCGCAAACCUCUGGACAGGCCGCAUGCCACACAACACCAACGUCACAGACGUGGGACUCCCCUACGGCGGCUACCCAAAAGUAGUAUCAGCCGGCUGGAACGACAAUUACCUCCCACUCUGGAUGCAAGAAGCCGGCUACAACACAUACUACGUGGGCAAGCUUUGGAACGCACACACAGAAGACAACUACAACAAACCCUACGCGCGAGGCUUCAACGGCUCAGACUUCCUGCUAGACCCGUACACAUACCGUUACUGGUACGCACGCAUGACACGCAAUGGCAACGAACCAGUCAAAUACGACGGCAAAUACUCGACCGACGUGAUCGCCUCCAAAGCGGAAGGCUUCAUCGACGAAGCAGUCAAGCAGGAUAGACCGUGGAUGUUGACCGUUGCGCCGAACGCGCCGCACUCGAAUGGAUCGCAUGAUUCCACGCGGAAUGCGAAUUGGUUCGGUGAGCCGGAGUUUGCGCCGAGGCAUGCGGAUCUAUUCAAGGAUCUCAAGGCCCCGCGGGAUGAGAGCUUCAAUACUCUUAUUGAAGAUGCGGUUAGCUGGGUGAAUAAUGUGCCUGAGUUGAACCAGACGGUUAUCGAUUACAUUGAUGAGUUCCAGCGGUGCCGGCUGCGCGCGUUACAGGCUGUUGAUGAUAUGAUUGGGAAUUUGGUGGAGAAGUUGGAGAAGUUGGGUGAAUUGGAUAAUACUUAUAUUUUCUUCUCGACGGAUAAUGGGUAUCAUCUUGGCCAGCAUCGGAUGCAGCCGGGCAAGAACUGUGGUUAUGAAACGGAUAUCAAUGUCCCUCUGAUUGUGCGAGGACCUGGUAUUGGCAAGAAUCAGACACUGGAUGCUAUCACUAGUCAUACGGACCUUGCGCCGACAUUCUUGUCUUUGGCUGGGGCGACGAGAGAGGGUUUGGAUGGGAAGAAGAUUCCUACUACCGUUGCGGCCAGCACGGCGGAUAACAGGACUGAGCAUGUUGCCAUUGAGUACUGGGGAUUGGCUGUCCCAGAAGGCAUCUAUGGAUAUGCCAGUGACAGAGUCCAGCAACCUCACAACAGCUACGAGAACAACACCUACAAAGCUAUUAGACUGCACUCAGAUGACUAUAGUCUAUACUACUCUGUAUGGUGCUCCAACGAGAAAGAAUUCUUCGACCUAAAGGGUGACCCCCACCAAACCAAAAAUCUAGGAACACACCCAGCAAAACAAAACUACCGCAUCGCCAACCGACAACUCCCCCAAAUUCUCAACCGCCUCGACGCCCUAAUGCUAGUUCUGAAAUCCUGCGAAGGCGACUCGUGCCGCUACCCCUGGCGCCAGCUGCACCCAGCUGGUAAGGUAAACAGCCUCGCAGACGCACUGGAUUCUGGCUUUGACACGUUCUACGAGAACCAGCCUAAGGUUUCGUUCUCGUCUUGUGAGAAGGGGUAUAUUAUUUCUGCCGAGGGGCCGCAGAAGUAUCAUGUAUAUGGGGCUACUAAUGCUGGGAAGAGGAGUUGGGGGUGGGAUGAUGUAUUUUGGGGGUGGUAG